GUAGAUCUCAUCAUCUAGUAAUGAUCUAGGUCCUACAACAUUGUUACGAUAAAUAUAAAUACGUUGUAUUCACUGAUUCACUCAAUCACUGGAUUCAGCAUUGCCAACAACUUGAACAACAACAAUCAUUUCAAUCAAUCAAAUCACCAAACCAGUGCAAAUGCCAUAGAUGAUAGAGAUGCCAAACAAAUGCAAUCAAUUUUAUUUGCCAAAAAUGAUUUUUUUUUACAAUUUCAAUUUGUACUGAGCAGAUCUAGUGUCAUCUAGGUCUAGGCUAGAAUUGAAAAAAAAAAAGAAUCUGGAACAUAUUCCUGGUAUAAGUCUAGGAUCUAAGUCUGGAUUCCAGAUAGAGAUACUAAUAUUUAUUAAUAUGGAACAUAGAUAUAGAUCUAUAUCUAAGACAGAUUGUUAUUUAACUGAUUUCAAUGACCUACCUAGUAACAUACAUGAAAUUUUACAGAGCGUUUGUAAUUUUUCGUUAGGUGAAAAUGCUGUUACAGUAACACCCAAGUUAUUUUAUAAUUACAUAAUGUUGAUUUUGCCCGUCUGCCACACUCAUUUCGCUCAGUCACACCAUGAAAAUUAUUUUCAGAAUGUUGAAAAUGAAAAAAACAAUUUUGCUGAUCACCCAAAUAUGAUGUGUUUACACAAUUUGAAAUGCACCAAGUGCUUAUUGCUGUGUGCAUUGUCAUCUAUUAAAGGAGUGUUUAGCAUGAGUUCAAAACCUAACAAUCUAGACGUAGUUGCAGAUAUUCAGCACAACAGUUUGCCCAAUGAACUUCAGUUUGCCCAUCCAACAUUUAAACCAUUGACAGCAGAACUAGGGACAAAUACAGCUGAGCAAAGAUUAAUUGGAAAUGAUCAUGGAUGGUAUUUGAAGGUUGCAAAAUUAAUGAUUAAAAAUGAUGAUCUGACUCAUUUACUUAUCAAAUAUCUUUCUUAUGACUGUUUGUUUACAUCUUAUGAAUCCAAAAAGGUCAUAUUAACAAUGAUAAAAGGAAGAUUUAUAUCUGUUCAACAGAUAUUACUGGAUAUAAAUAAACAAUGCACAUCAGGGUCAUGUACAGCCUAUAUCAAUGUGCUGAAAGAGUUACUUUCUCCUAAACUGUUUCCACAAGACAUCAUUGCAGAAACAUUUAUUCAUGUUCAGUCUUCAGAUUUCCUAUUAACCUUCUUAGCUUCCAAGUUUGAUGCUGAGAAGAAUACAUUCUGCAAUAAUCAUGAAGUCAUCGAAUAUUUAUCUCUUCUAAACAAGAUUAUUAAAGUUGGAGUGAAACAAAAUGUUAAUUGUGAUAACAAUUCUGACUAUUUGUGUUAUGUUCUGCAAACUUCAGUGUUACCUUAUGCAGAUGUAUUUUUUUCACUUCCUUUGGAACGAAAAGGUCAUGUGACUUGUUCUAAAUAUUUGAAACUUUUGGGAGAGUUAUUUGGUGUUGUGUCUAACCUUCAAACCUCAGUUCCUCGGAGCAUUGUUGAUUUGAGUAACAUUGUGUGGCCACAGCUUCUCAAUCAUUUUCAUGCUGCUUUUUCUAGUGGUUUGUUAUCUAGUACUAAUUUUGUCAGCUCUGAGAAGUGUCUCAAUGAGUCAUCUAGCAAAUCUUCCAUUUCUGUAGUCACCAAACUGAUCAUAGAAGUAAGUUUUAAAUCUUGUGCUAUUAGCUUGACAGAAACAAAAAAACAAGUUGCUUCAAUUUCUAAUAUGCUUCACUCAUUAUGGCUUGAAAUUGAACGACUGGUUACAGAAAGUAAAAAGGCAGAGGCUUGGCUUCCCAAUGUAUUUGGAGAUCAAGAUGAUAAAUGGAUCAUCUCACUCUUUUGUUUACUAAUUAUCUGGACAAAAUUUAACAAGGCAAAGCAAGCCUUCAGUGCAGAUUCAUCCUAUAGUUUUGUGGAAAUGGAACAGUUAAUGCACACAAUAUGUCCCCACAAGCUUUUUUUUCAAUUUGUCAGAUUUAUAAAAUAUGAUCACUUGAUACUUGCUGAUUUCUUGACUUCUCCAGAGACUGAAUUUUUAAAUUAUUUGGUUCUUUAUUUGCAUACCCUGAUUGAAAACUGGGACAAUGUCUGUAUUACUUCUCUGGCUACCAAAAAUAGGGAUAAAGCUGAUGAAAUUGGGACCUUAGGUGCCAACAAGGAAAAUGACAAUUUACAAAGCUCAAACUGUACAAUUGUAUCCAAGGAAGAAACAAAGGCGGAAUUUCCUUCAAACAGCAGUCAUGCUUACAGUGCAGAAGAGAAAGAAUCUCCCUAUCUAGAGCUUAUGAAUAAUGAGUCUUUCAACGAAAAUAGUAAGAAGUCUCUUGUGUUGUAUUCAGACACGGACUCAGACGAUGAUACUUGUACAGCAGAUUUAAAUGUUCAGCCACAGCAAAUAGACCAGCAAGUAAAGCUGACAGGCAAUAAAGUUGUUGAGAAGCAUGGUCUUGACAGUAUUCAGGACACUGAAGAAAAGGAAAUAGUAAAAGUUAUAGAAAUGUUUAUUCGUCUCAUGCUGUACAUUGAAAGACUUCUAAGCAAAAAUCUGUUCCCAUAUAAUGCUAGACCUUUACUGAAAUUAUUAGAGAAAGUAGAAAAGAAUUAUGAAAGUAUUUCUAAUGCAUAAACUUUCCUUUUGCAAAACAGUCUUGAGGUUUAUAAUAUAAGUGCUAUUAGAGCAUGGAAUGGGUUGCCUGCCAGCCAGGGAAACCAGUGACUUGGCAGAAUUUAAGUCAUUGGUUAACAUGCAUGACUAGAUGCAUGACAUGUAGGGCGUAAUCUCCUUCUUUUUUGAAGUAACGUCUUUUUUAUAUAAGAUAAGAAGAUAAAACACUAAACCAUAACUUACAAAUAGAAAAACAAAACCUAAUGAAAUACUCAGAAAGACGCAAGGAUAGAGGCACAUUCCUUAUUCCAUACGCUGGAACAAAUUUGUACAAGUGCUCCUUCCUAGUGUCAUUAGAGCAUGGAAUGGGUUGCCUGAAUCAGCCAGGAAAACCAACGACUUAGAAGAGUUUAAGUCAUCGAUUAACAUGCAUGACUAGAUUGACAUAUGAAAUGCGUAUGACGUAAUUAUCUUCUUUUUUGAAGUAACGUCUGUAAUAUAUAAAAUAAGAUAUAAACAUUGACAUUUGACUAGAGCAACACCAUUAGUAAAAUCAUUUAAAUAACACUAAAAUUAGAGACACUACCAGACAGAAGACUAAGUUCACGUUAGACAGAACAUUGCUGCUAACCAAGCAAGUGGGACCUGACCAGAUUAAUAGAUAGACCUUGUGUUUGUUUAAAAACCUGAUCAGAAAUGUUGGUCAAUAUUUGUUUGUGUUUGGGCAAUCGAGAAAUUGGAAAGUCAUAGAAAAUAAUUUUUUGUAAACAAGUAGGUAGAGAAAGAUAGAAGCUUCAGAGAAAGGGUCAAGAAUUAUGUAAGUCUUGAAAAUUCUGUUAAGAGGCUUUUAAGAGAAGUAAAACUAGGCUAGAUAUAGGGAUAAUUGUUCUUUGGUUAUUAGCCAUUGCUUGUCAGUAAGAUUAGAUAAUUUUAUUGGUCCAAAUAUGGAAAUUCAGUUUAACCACUAUUGUCCACCUCAGCAUUACUGCUGUUACAAUAACAAUAAACAUGCACAACCAGCGCUUGAUGGGCUCCACGUACGCCUCAUUGACAAAGAAUGACCUUAUCCAGACAUUAUUUUAUGUACCUUAGUUAACAGUAUUUGUCAGUCAAGCUAUUCUACUAUUCGUAUGAUUUGUGUAAGUUAUUGUUGAAUAAGACUUUUGUUCAUUGAUGAAAUAUUGAGUUUGAAGAUAUUAAACUCCAGAAAAAUUUGUAUUCAACACUGUUUCUUCAGUGUAUUUUUUGUAUGCAGGCACGGCCAAACCUGCAAAUGUUGGGUUACUUUGAGAGACAAAACGUAUAAGUUAUUGUGUGAACAAACUAAAAAUAAAGUUCCCACAGCAUCAAGCAUUGAGUCAUACAUUACAGAUAAACAUUUAGUAAUAAAAUAUUUUAUAAUACAUUCUUCUUAUUCCAUGUGCUGGUACAAAUUCAUAUUAGUUUAACACUUA